AAACAGCUCACGCAAUGGAUCCGGAUGGCACCGAAGUUAGUGAUUCAACAUCUUCUGCAACUUUCUGGCAUCCGAAUGAAGACGCUCUGAGUAGUCUUUUGAGUUUGGGCAUAUCAAGAAAUGCAGCAGAAAGGGGUUUGUAUUAUACUGGAAACGCUUCCGCUGAUGUAGCAGCUGAGUGGGUGUUUGACCAUAUCAGUGACCCGGAUGUGCAUCAACCACUAAGUAUUUCUGCAGUGCCGGAUGCUGCUGUGGGAGGGUCUGUGAUGUUUGAUCUAAGUCACAAGAUGGUGUUCGCUGUUGACAUAUCCCUGGGAAUGGGAAUAGGGAAAAUUGCAGCACAAGUUGCUCAUGCUGGAGUUGGUCUGUAUCGGCACAUGAUUUUGGCAGCUGGAGAUGGGAGACUACAGAGUAUGGUGGCUUUGUGGCAAGAAAUGGGUGAAACAAAAAUUGUACUAAAGGCUGGUGGUAGUGCCGAGUUAAUGUCUCUAGAAAGCAAAGCGUCGUCACUAAAUUUACCUACAUACACAGCUCAAGAUGCUGGCAAGACACAAAUUCCUGCUGGUUCGAUGACAGUGUUAGCUAUAAUGGGGCCUGUAACUGAAGUUGACAAAGUAACAGGUCAUUUGCAAUUGCUUUAGUUGUAAUCAGAUUUACAGUAAGUUUGUAUUUGGAAAUUAAAGUUUAUGCCU